AUGAUUCUGAUAUACAAGAAGAUCAAGAAGCACAACCAAAGGAAAAGGCUUGAAGCACAAGAUGCGGUGACAGCUGAUACUAAUAUUGACGGGACUGCAGUCCCUGAAAGCCAUGCCGUUGGCAAAUCCAAGGAGAAGAAUAGUAUUUCACCAGAGGAAGUCGCCGAAAAGAAGCGACGACGUACCUAUCGAUGGAAAAUCAUUCUAGGCCUUUUUGCCCCAUUCUGUCUCCAGUCGUUGGACACAACAAUUAUCGCAUCUGCGCUUCCUUACAUCGCGGAAGACUUUGAUCAAAUAAGCCAGCUAAACUGGAUUAUUUCAUCCUUCAACUUAACUUCUGCCGCCUUCCUAUUUUUCUGGGCCCAGCUCGCCGACUUGUUCGGCAGACACAAGACACUUCAAGCGGCGAUUUUUGUCAUGGUGAUUGGCUCAGCAAUCUGCACGGGCGCCCCGACAUCCAACUUCAGCGUUCUCCUUCUCGGCCGUGCGUUGCAAGGUAUUGGAGCAGCAGGUGUCAAUAUCUCCAUUCGCACAAUUCUGGCCGAUCGAGUUUCGCUUUCGGAAUAUGCGCUCAACUGGACUAUUUUCGCCCUUGUAUCCGGUAUUGGAUUCAGCAUUGGCCCUGUCAUCGGCGGCUUCUUGACUACUGCUUCGUGGCGAUGGUGCUUUGCCAUCAAUCUGCCCAUCGGUGUUGUUGCGAUGAUCGUGGUCGUUUUCGUCCUUCGAAAAGAGCUUCAGGGACCCCAAGAGCUUCCACAACUCGAAGGCCGUGACAUGUCGACGGGCCCCCGUCGCUUCGUCGCUCGUCUGAUGACCAUUGACUAUGGUGGACAGAUGCUUUUCCUCUGGGGAUUUGGGCUGCUAAUUCUAGCCCUGACUUGGGCUGGGGGCAACUACUCGUGGAAAUCAGCAGCUGUGUUGGCUCCGAUUAUCAUCGGUGGGAUUCUGGCUAUUGUCUGGGUCAUAUAUGAGCGCUGUAUGGUGCCGGGCUCUGUGAUGGCUCGAGCCUUGCCGAGCCAAAAGGCUAUGGUCCCGUGGGAAUUGCUUUCGCAGCGGGACGUCGGCUUAUUAUUCCUCGUCAAUGUCUCUAUUGGCGUUUCCAUGUUUGCGGUCAUGUAUUUCAUGGACCUAUACUUCGCUCUUGUUGAGAAGCGGAGCUCAAGCAACGCAGGAAUCUCCCUGCUCUACUUUUUACCCGGCUUGGGUGUGGGCGCCUAUAUGGCCAUGUUCUCAUCUAACGUCUGGCCCCGCCAGACCCUUCCAGCUCUCCUCCUAGGCAGUAUCACCUCGUCAGUUGGCAUAACUGUUUUAGCCUGGGCCGUUCACGCUGCAAAGACCAAUGUCAUCUAUGGCAUGAUGGCACUAGUCGGCCACGGCGUCGGAAUACGAAUGAACCCAGCGUCGCUGCACGGACUAGCUUAUUUCCCCACCAUGACUGCUCAGAUUUCGUGUUUGGUGUCAUUCGCUGUUCCAUUUGGAGGUCUUGUCGGACUGACUAUAAUGUCGACGGUCUUCACCAACAAGAGUGGGGAGAGUCAAUUGGAUCCCCAGCGCGGCAUCAUGUGGGCAUUCAUUGCGAUGAUGCCUGUCAUGUGGCUUUCAGUAUUGUUGACUACUCUCCUUGGAAAUGUGUGGAUUCGAAAGGAGGGGGGCCAUGAGGUUGUCAACGGGGCUUAUCUUUGGAGUUUCGUUACAAGGAAAAAGUUGGAUCGGGAGAGACGAGAUCGGGAACAGGAGCAUGAUCUAGCAGGUUUCGGUGAUGAACGGAAGGAGGAUGGACAUAUUGAGCAAGGGUUGAGGAAGACUGAUGCGACUUCUCCAAUGGAAUAA